CGUACUAUCAACAAAAUAUCUGCGAGUGACGUAAGAGCAUUUCUGGACGAGAUCGCCAGAAAAGAUGUAAAUGGAAUGGACCAGAAUGAUGCCGCUGCCGUUGAUAAAGAGCUCCAAGCAGUAGUUGAUAAUAUGCGCGCCGCAGACGUGGACAAGCCAACUGACUAUGAGAUUAACUGGGGAAACAAACGUUCUGGAACCGCGGAUACCACCAAAACACCGCUUUACACCAGAGUUAAUGAAGACCUCUUUCAAAGACCAGUUUACAAAGCCUUGAUCAAGAUGUAUGACGCCAAGGUGUUCUCUCCAGACGUUUGUGUUAAAGAGCCCGACAUGAACGGUUUCAGAAAGCAGUACAUUCUUAAUGUAUUUGACACCUUCACAAACACAACUGUUUUCCAAUUAGCUUUCAAAUAUCUACAGAGCAUUGGCAAAGCUGGAGACUGGGCAUCAUUCCGACCGAAAUUGUGGACACUAUGGAUGGGUACUUACAGUCGAUGCUCAGGAACCCUGGGAAGCUCAGGAUUUGAACAUGUAUUCUCUGGCGAAUGGAAAGGUUCGAAAGUUGACGGUCAUCACAGCUGGGUGAACUACUACCGACAAGAGAAGGCUGGCGAUAUUAACUACCACGGCUACGUCUCCUACGAUGACAAACUCACUGGCACAUUCCAAUAUACUUGGGGAAAAUACUUGAAGAAAACCGGUGGCUUCAACACUGGAACUUCACCAGGCAUGCCUUUUGACUUCUCACUAUUCUCAAUUUGCGCCUUGACGAAGACGGGUGGAAAAUGUAGGUAUAACCUCGAUGGAUUCCCAAUGGGUGUUACCGCAUACGUCCAAAGCUGUAACGAAGGAACAUGUUUGUCUACCGCGUAUCCAACGAACAACUAA